CAGAGCACAGAUGAAGAAGAAAUGACCAUGAAUGAGGAGAUUGAGGAGGAGGAUCGUGAGAACUUCAAAAAGUAUGCAAAGAGUAAAAGAACCAUGAAAGGCGGGAAGCAGAAAUCCCUGAGCAACUUCUCAAGUGGGAACACAGUCUACUUAUUGAAGAAAAAUGCUGUCUUGAACACUGUACUUCCCAAGGAUUCAGAAGACUGUGAGUUGGAAGAGGAAGCUGAAGGGGAAAUGUAUGAGAUAGAAUGCCUCUUUGAAGAAGUUAGUCCGCUGGGCCCUGUGACAUCUUCCAAAGGAAGGAUUUAUCGCAAGGCUGACAGGAUCAUCAGGAUGCCACCUGAGUGCUCUCUCCCUCCCCAGCUUAUCGUGUGGCCCACCAGAAAUAAGUAUAGGGUAAAGCUUGGAGAAUAUAAGAGCAUCCCUACGGUAUGCAACGUGACAGGACAGGAUGGCAGGUUCCGAGGGGAACGUACCAUGGCCAAGCAGGAGGGACUGGAGUCCAAGACAGCCUCCCACAAGCCCUGGCAAUGUAACUGUGAGAGAUGGAAAACCGAGCUACCUUACAAAGUUUCAAACAGAUUUGAGGCAGGUGCUGUAAAGCUUAGGAAACAGACAGAAGGUACAGAGGAAACAGAUUGCUGUGUUCCAGCUACAUAGAAGAGCUAAACAGUACAUCAUCAUGAUGGCUUAGAACACAGGAUCGUCCCUUGAUUUGAACUGAGAAAGCAGUUAUACGAACAAAAAGAAAAUGUCAUUCUAAAGCCUUUGGAAUUAAAAGAACUGAAACAGCAAAUAAAUUCAAUUGCAUGUGUGUGAUUCUCAAGCAUUUUCUUCCCCUCUCAAAAUGGCCACAUCACUGGUAACACCACCAAAGGGUUGGAUCGUUCAUGAAUACUUCUGCCAGGUGUAUUACUGUCUGGUAAUCUCCCGGGAACUUUAAAUAUGGGGAAAGGAUGGUGAGUUGAGGACAGAAUAAAAAAGAUGAAGGAUUCCCCAUCAUCACCUCCCU